CGCCAGUAAAACAUGACGGCGGGGCGCCAUUUCGGCUCAUCGGGCUCUCGGGCGACAGAUUUGUGCAACUCGGAGCGACUGCCAGCAUCCGACGGUGGACGUAACGUUGGAUGUGUUGAAUGCAAUUUGGGCGUUUACAAGAAGCACGCGCGGCGUUUGCGUCGUGGGUUCGGCCAGCGGAAUUAUCCAUGCAAUUAUCCAUCCUUAUGAUUCGUCUGAGAUAUUGGGCGACAGCAGCCGACCGGCUAUUCCAUCGUCAACUCGCCCAUUAACCCAGAAAGCCAAGUAAUUUUGGAAAGCUACGUUAGCUUGCGGUGAAGCUGAGCACCUCGGUCGGAACCGGAUGCCUUUGUGGAUUUUGCUGAUGGAGUCAAAUACUUUGCACGAUUUUUCGAUGAAAGAAUGCUGACCCGAGACAUGCAAAUGUUUCCCUGCAAAGGAGGAAAAUGUCCAACCCUUGCGGUCUGGUCUGUGGUACCCGUUGAGCUAGCCCGCUAGCUGGCCAGCCUUCACCGGGCUAUCAGUACCAGAGAAGGUGGGGCAGGCGAACUUCAUUGACCGUAUCUUCGUCUCAACUGGGUGAUACGUUUCCAUUUUUUCCCCCAGCAAUAACGACCGCUCCAUUCAUUACGUGUGCAAAUCAUCAAUUUUUGUGAAGGGGUUAUUUCUUUAUCGAAUCCCCUGCUUUGCUUUUGGACCAUGGCGGACGACGACGUGCUUUUCGAGGAUGUCUACGAGUUGUGUGAGGUGAUUGGCAAGGGACCCUUCAGUGUGGUGCGCCGCUGCAUCAACAGGGAUACGGGCCAGCAGUUUGCCGUAAAGAUUGUCGACGUGGCUAGCUUCACCUCCAGUCCUGGCCUCAGCACUGAAGAUCUGAAGCGAGAGGCCAGCAUCUGCCACAUGCUGAAACAUGCGCACAUAGUGGAGUUACUGGAGACGUACAGCUCUGAUGGCAUGCUCUACAUGGUUUUUGAAUUUAUGGAUGGAGCUGACCUCUGUUUUGAAAUUGUGAAGAGAGCUGAUGCUGGUUUUGUGUACAGCGAGGCUGUGGCCAGCCACUACAUGAGGCAGAUUUUGGAGGCGCUUCGCUAUUGCCAUGACAACAAUGUAAUACACCGCGAUGUCAAGCCCCACUGUGUUUUACUGGCUUCGAAGGAGAACUCUGCUCCGGUCAAACUAGGAGGCUUUGGAGUGGCGAUACAACUGGGAGAGUCUGGCCUGGUUGCUGGAGGUCGUGUUGGCACUCCGCACUUCAUGGCUCCGGAGGUUGUCAAGAGAGAGCCAUACGGCAAGCCAGUGGAUGUGUGGGGAUGCGGAGUGAUCCUUUUUAUCCUCCUGUCUGGUUGCCUGCCUUUCUAUGGCACAAAGGAUCGCCUUUUUGAGGCCAUCAUCAAGGGAAAAUACAAGGUAAUGAACCCACGCCAAUGGGCCCACAUCUCCGAGAGUGCCAAAGAUCUAGUGCGACGCAUGUUAAUGCUGGAUCCCGCGGAAAGGAUCACAGUUUACGAGGCGCUCAAUCACCCCUGGCUGAAGGAGAGAGACAGGUACGCCUACAAAAUUCACCUUCCUGAAACAGUGGAACAGCUAAGGAAAUUCAACGCCAGGAGGAAGCUGAAGGGUGCUGUGCUGGCAGCUGUUUCAAGCCACAAGUUUAAUUCCUACUACGGGGAUCCUCCUGAGGAGCUUCACGACUUCUCAGAUGACCCAACUUCUUCAGGACUGCUAGCCGCAGAAAGGGCAGUAUCGCAGGUUUUGGACAGUCUAGAAGAGAUUCAUGCUCUUACAGACUGUAGCGAGAAGGAUAUGGAUUUUCUCCACAGUGUUUUCCAGGAUCAACAUCUCCACACUCUGUUAGAUUUAUAUGACAAAAUCAACACCAGGUCGUCCCCACAAAUCCGAAAUCCUCCUAGCGAUGGAGUACAGCGAGCCAAAGAGGUACUGGAGACAAUCUCCUGUUAUCCAGACAACAUUGAGGCCAAGGAGCUCAGAAGGAUCCUCACACAACCACACUUCAUGGCUUUGCUGCAAACACACGAUGUGGUCGCCCAUGAGGUCUACAGCGACGAAGCGCUUCGAGUGACCCCCCCGCCCACAUCCCCUUACCUGAACGGAGACUCACCUGACAGCACCAACGGAGACAUGGACCUGGAGAACGUUACCCGAGUCCGGCUGGUUCAGUUCCAGAAGAACACAGAUGAGGCCAUGGGCAUUACGCUGAAAAUGAAUGAGCUCAACCACUGCAUCGUGGCCCGAAUCAUGCACGGUGGAAUGAUUCAUCGGCAAGGCACCCUGCAUGUAGGAGAUGAAAUCAGGGAAAUUAACGGCAUCAGUGUUGCAAAUCAAACAGUGGAACAGCUCCAAAAAAUGCUUAGGGAAAUGAGAGGAAGCAUCACGUUCAAGAUAGUACCUAGUUACCGCUCUCAGUCCAAGUCUUGUGAGAAGGAGUCACCAGAUUUGUCUCAACAUUCAGCUGCUAAUGGUCACGCAAGCGUCACCAGCUCUAUUCUGGACCUGCCAGCAACAAUUCAACCCAAAGCUCGUCAGAUCUCCAGACCUGCUAUCCAGGACAAAUUGUCCAUUAAGAUCUAUGUCCGUGCUCAGUUUGAGUACGACCCGACAAAAGAUGACCUCAUACCUUGUAAGGAAGCGGGCAUUCGCUUCAGGGUGGGUGACAUUAUUCAGAUUAUCUCCAAGGAUGACCACAAUUGGUGGCAGGGGAAGCUAGAGAACACCAAGAACGGCACAGCGGGUCUCAUCCCUUCCCCGGAACUGCAGGAGUGGCGUGUGGCGUGCAUAGCCAUGGAGAAGACCAAACAGGAACAGCAAGCCAGUUGCACGUGGUUUGGCAAGAAGAAGAAACAGUAUAAAGACAAGUACUUGGCUAAGCACAAUGCAGUGUUUGAUCAACUAGACCUGGUGACAUAUGAGGAAGUGGUCAAACUGCCUUCAUUCAAGCGGAAAACACUUGUGCUGCUGGGUGCACACGGAGUUGGUAGAAGGCACAUCAAAAACACGCUUAUCACGAAACAUCCGGAGCGCUUUGCCUACCCCAUUCCUCACACGACACGGCCUGCGAAAAAAGAUGAAGAAAAUGGAAAGAACUACUACUUUGUAUCUCAUGACCAGAUGAUGCAGGACAUCAGCAACAAUGACUACCUGGAGUACGGUAGCCAUGAAGAUGCCAUGUACGGGACCAGAUUGGAGACUAUUCGACAGAUUCACGCCCAGGGCAUGAUUUCUAUUCUGGAUGUUGAACCGCAGGCGCUAAAGAUUCUCCGAACCGCCGAGUUCGCUCCCUACGUCGUCUUCAUUGCAGCUCCCACUAUCACGCCAGGCCUGACGGAGGUUCCCAAGUGGUGUCGCAAAUUGCCUGAUGAUUCCUUGCAGCGGCUCCAGAAAGAGUCAGAGAUGCUGCAGCAGACGUACGCUCACUACUUCGACCAGACCAUCAUCAACAACGAAAUCGAUGACACUCUGCGCCUGCUGGAGGAAGCCGUGGAUCUGGCGUGCAAUACCCCUCAGUGGGUCCCCGUGUCCUGGGUAUACUGACGUAUCACCCGCCGUGUCAUAUGAUCAAAAUCCUGUGUUGUCAAUGAAGCUACAAUAGGGCAAGAAAUAACUGCACCACCUUGUGGGGACUCCACUCUAGCCCUUUUUUUUGGUCUUUCAAUGAACGGCCUUGAAGGCCUUACUGUGUACAUAUAUACAUAUCUGCAAUGAUAUCAAUGCUAAAAAAAAAUGUUAGGUGAAUUCUGUCCUUACAUAGUGAAAGACUGCGUGGGGUGUGGUCUAUAUUUUGUACAUUUGUUUUCAACGUGACGGGCGGCUGAUUUCAUUGACAAGGCAAUAGCAAGCAUGACCUUAAUAAUUCAUUGGCUGCCAUUGACGGUGAUAGACGAACCAGAGUUGAUUUUUUUUUAAAUUAGUGGUUUCUA